AUGAUGAAAAGUAAAAAUAAAAAUAAAAAGGUAUCGUUUUACGAGCCAAGUAUUACUAAGAAUAGUGAAGAAAAUGAAAAAAAUGAAAAACGUGAAUUUAAUGAAACACUUUUUGAAAACGACCAAGAUAAUGAAACCCUUUUUGAAAAUGAAGAAGAUAAUGAUAUAAACGACUAUUCAAAUGGUAUUAGCGAAGAAGAUAUGUCAUAUAUGUUAAAAAAUUUUAACCCAUUAGAUUUUGGUAUUAAAGAUAAAUUAACAGAAAGUGAAAAAAAAAUUAUUAUUCGUGAAAUAUUUGGAAGAACGCAUACAACUAUUUCGUCAGAACAUAAGGGUGACAAUGAAAAUGAAGGAAAAGAUGAAAAUAUUAAAAUAAAAAAAAUUUCCAACAAUAUAAUAGUAAAAGAUUUUACUACUAAUGAUGAUAUUCAAGACAAUAUUAAUAAUGAAAAAAUUGUUGGAAAAAAAAAAAAAAAAAAAAAAAAAAAUAAUGAUAAUUUUUCCUAUUUAGACGGAGAUUGUUACUUUCCCAAUGAUGGAUAUGAUUAUGAGCAGCAUUUAAAACCUAUAAGUAAUAAUUUUGUAGAAGUAAAAACAAAAAGUGAAAAUAAAUUUUUUGAAAUAAAACCAGUUGAUGAAGAAGAAAAAGAAUUAUUUAAAACAUUUGAAGCUGAUAAUUAUGAAGAGUUAAAUGAUAAUUUUGUAUAUGAAGCCCAAAAUGUUGAAGCUAUCGAAAAAUUACAUGUUGAUAAUAAAUUAAUAUGGGGAAAUCCUGAAUCGUUUCUCUUUAUACCCAAUAGUAACUUAAGUUCUACACAAGUUGGUGAUGAAGAAAGUGGGGAAGCUAUUUCGGAUAUUGAAUAUGCUAGUGACGAUAUAUUUGAUAAGCCAAGACAAACUAUUGAAAAUGAUAGCAACAAACGUACUGUCCGUUUCCAAUUAGAUGACGACAAUGAUAAAGAGGUGUCAUACAAAAGUAUAACAAAUUCUAAAACGAUAAGUUUUAAUGGAAAUAUAAAUCCUAGUAUUGAGAAUAAAAUGAAAUAUGAAAAAAAUGAUGAUUCAAUAAAGCUAAGUGAUUUAAUAAAUUUGGAAUUAAAAAAAGUUAAUGACAAAAUAAAUGACAAAGCAAAUGACAAUACAAAUGAAAUAAAAAGGAUUAUGAAAAAAAGUAAAAAAAUAAAAAAUAAAAAUAAACAAAAUAUAGAAAAUAUUGUUAUAGAUAUAAAUGAUAAUGAUAAAGAAAAAAUACUUAAAAUUGUUGAUAUGCAAAAUAAUGAAAUAGUAGUAGAUCAAGAUAUUUCAAGUUCUUAUUCCUCAGAUGAUGAUUCAUUAUCUUAUGAUUGUCAAACCAUUUUAACAACAAAAACGAAUACAACAAAUCACCCAAGUAAAUUAAUAAUUCCUAAGAGUAUUAAAGUUACUCCAAUUUUAAAUAAAAAAAUAUUUAAUACAAAUUUAGAAUCUAAGGAAAAAGCAAAUGAUAGCGUGAACAAGCUUGAGCGUUAUUUAGUCCUUGAUCAGAUUAAAACAAAACGAGACAAAAAUGAAACCCCCGAGGAAAAGCGUGAACGAAAAAAAUCUGUUAAAGAGGCGCAGAGAUUGAAUAGGAAGUUAAAGAAGGAAAAUUCAUUAAUUAUGAAGAAUGAAAAGAAGUUAAUGAAUAAAAAUGUGAACCCAUUUGAUAUUCGAGACAAUGUAAAAUAUAUUAAGUUAUAA